UAGUGGAUAAAGCAUGACUGCUUGGAGUUGGCAUCGGUUGCUAGGCAACCUGCGGCCUACAGCAUCAGAUAUUGUGGGUCCUCGGAGUGUGCUUUGAUGAGACGCAGUCGUGAUCUCGCUGUUUUUAUGAAGAGCAAAAUAUAAGUAAAAUCAUGAUUGACGAUACAGACUCAAGACUUUUGGCCUUGGCAUCUGAAAUCGCUGAAAGCAGCAAUGAAAAUGUUCCUGUCCUCCUACUGAAGCUAAAAGAUAUUUUAAAAACUGCACCUACUGGCAGCAAAGAAUUGAAAAGGCUGAAAGAAGACGUGUAUAAUUAUGAUCUGAUUCAGUAUUGCGUGCUUGUUCUAAAGCAAGAUUACAGUCGGGUUAGAGGAGGCUGGGUCACUGCAGCAAAUUUAGCCAAUAUAAUAAGUACCUGCUAUGUCGGUCUGGAUCCAAAAGAGGGUUCUGAGGAGUUUUACACUAAAUUGCUGCCAUCAGCUGCUGUUAACUUGCUGGUUUUGGGAAGAAGGAUACAAGCUCGUUUUGUUCGAUCAAUUAAGGAUGAGGAAAGGAGUGAACUAUUCAACAGUUUUCGCAUGGUCACAGAUUCAAUCUGCUGGUUAUGUAGUGGUCACUUACAGCUGACUGAAAAAGUUUUGCAGGAAGAACAUUUUCUGCAGUUACUAAUGACUGAUGAUGUAGAAACAGGUGCUGCUGUUAUGAGCAUAUUACAGAGCAUCAUGCGAGUUAACAGCGAGGUGCUUUGUCACGUAGAAGAGAAGGCUUUGCUUCCUAUCUUAGAUGAGCUUGUAUACAAACUGUCGGCAUCCUCUAAUCCAGUCAUUGGGCAUGCUGCAAUGAGAGCACUACUGUUAAUGGCAGAAUCCAGCCCCAACAUUGUGAAGAUACUUGGAGCACGAUAUAAGGGACUGAGAGCACUUUUGAGCAAACAGUGGACUGGAAAAGGUUUUGGUCAGGAACUUAAUCGACUUCUAGAUCUGUUGUAUUCUACUUCUUACCAGCAGGGGGAGAUGCAGAGACUACACACUGCAGCACGUGUCAUUCAGGCAGUGUGGAGAGGAUUUCAAACCAGAAAGCGCAUGAAAAAGCUUCCAACUGCUGUGAUGUCUUUACAAAGAAGUUUUAGAACUAAACGAGAACAAGAAGUGAUCCACCUAAAGAGACAGAAAGAGGAGCAAGACCUCAAGCAACAACUGGAGCUGCAGAGACUGAGAGCAAUGAGGUUGUUUCGGGAAAAGCAACUCACUCUGCUAGAAAUUGUUCACGCAGGACAAAUGAAUAAACAUAUUAAGGAAAUGGAAGAGACAUCUUCACUUGUAAUCCAGAAGUUCUGGAGGGGCUAUAAGGAAAGGAAAAAGUUCCAUCAGCAGAAAGUUCUACUAAAACAAUAUAAAGCAGCUGUCACUAUUCAAAGAGCAGCAUUGCACUUUUUAAAAAAAAGAAGACGAAUCCGUGAUUCCUUAUCUCUACUGAAAACAAACCAAGAACUGAAAGAUGAACAGCGACUGCAGCUUCAGAAAAAUGUGGACAGCUACACAAAGCUUCACCCGGCCCAGCAGAUGUCCGUGGAGCAAAGCAAAGAGCUACAUUUACAAGCCCAGGAGAAGCUGGGAGAGUAUCUGUUGAAGAGAAAACAGGAACACAGAGCAGAACAACGCAGAGAAGCACUAACGGCAAAGAUUAACACUGAUAUAAAUAUGAUUCUGGGAGCUCCGAGUUUAACAAAGGUCACAGAAAAGGAUCUUGAGAUGUUUAACAGUCGGUCUGUUCCUAUUGCACUCAAAGCCAAAGAAUCCCACAGUACGAUGCUGAAACGCAGCCGCUGGCCCUGGUGGAAGAAACUUAGUGACGAAUUUAUAGAGGAAGAUGAUGUUCUUUUGUCUGAUAUUCCAGAUUUAGAGCAUGGUGUUCUAUUUAUUGCUGGUAGUAAACAUUCCUAGCAGACAGUGACUCAAGGCUGAAGAACAAUGAACUAAUGCAUAUCACUUAAAGAGAAACUCAAGUCAAAAUAAACUUUUAUGAUUCAGAAAGAGCAGCAGUUUUAAGACACACUUCAAUUUACUUCCAUGAUAUUGUGCACAGUCUUUUUAGAUUCACUUUCUGGGGAACAAGAUCCUACUGAGCAUGUGCACAAGCUCACAGGGUAAACGUAUACUGGUCUGUGAUUGGCUGAUGUCUGCCACAUGAUACAGGGGACUGGAAAAUGGGAGAAAAAAUGAAUUUGUCACAAUAAAAUCUACUGCUUAUUUGAAAUUCA